GGAAUUUGAACUCAUAACCUUUCAUUUGUUCGGGCUCUGAUACGAUAUUGAAUGACCAUCUCAACCUAAAGUUUAGUUGUUACUAAAAUAUUCAUUUAAUAUACUAAUAUCUCCAAUAUUGAGCCAUUUAAUUUCAUUUUAAUUAUUUAUGCUUCGACUAUGUUUCUUACCUUCAUCUAUAAAUAUCACAAAAAACCACCAUACAUUAUUACACAUUCCACCAAAAAAAAAAGAAUUAUGGGCAGUAAUAUUUUACUAUUUGUUGCAACAUUAUUCCUCUUUGAACUGAUAUCAAAUACCCAGGGAGGAAUAGUAGUGUACUGGGGGCAAGACGAGAGAGAAGGUCUACUGAGAGACACGUGUUCAACUGGUUUGUACAAGAUUGUAAACAUAGGAUUUCUGUCCACUUUUGGCAAUGGCCAAAACCCUCAGCUCAACUUGGCCGGACACUGUGACCCCGCCGGCGGCGGCUGCCAGAAGCUCACGAACAGUAUCAGGCAGUGCCAGAGCCAAGGUAUUAAAGUCCUCCUCUCCAUCGGCGGCGGCGAUGGAAGCUACUCUCUCACGUCGCCGGAAGAUGCCAGACACGUGGCGGACUACCUGUGGAACAAUUUUCUUGGUGGAAAUUCUAAUUCCAGACCACUUGGUGAUGCUAUUUUGGAUGGCAUAGACUUCGACAUUGAAAAAGGGGAAGACCACUACUCCGACCUCGCAGGAAAGCUUUAUGAAUACGGCCAAACCGGCAAAAAAGUGUAUCUAACGGCAGCCCCACAAUGCAUAUUCCCCGAUCAAUGGCUAGGAAAUGCCCUUAAAACGGGUCUAUUCGAUUUCGUAUGGGUCCAAUUUUACAACAAUCCACCAUGCGAGUACACCACUAGCGAUCCAAGCAAGUUCAGGAACUCGUGGAAUCAAUGGACCUCUCAAAUUCCGGCGAGAAAAAUCUACAUCGGGCUUCCGGCAUCCAAGGCGGCCGCCGGAGAUGGAUACGUUCCUAAGCAAGUACUUAUAUCGGAAGUUCUUCCGUUUGCAAAGGAGUCCUCCAAGUAUGGGGGAAUUAUGCUUUGGGAUAGGUACAAUGAUAUACAAAGUGGAUAUAGUCUUGCGGUUAAGGACAGUGUGUGAGUAUUGGGAGCUUUGGAUAUUUUUAGUUUGGAGUGGUUUGAUAAUUAAAUAAAAGGUUGCUUUGUUUGGGGAUUGCAUGAUUUGAGCAAGUGCCCUUUUGUUGUAAUAAACAAUAAUUCUACUUCGUCGAUGACUGUUUGCAAAAGCUUAUUUAAAAGUAGAAGUUAUAGAUUGUGACUUAA